ACCAAUGAUAUAUGAGCCGUGUCCUUCUCCCCGGAUCUUCACGGUCCCUCGCAAUGGCCGCCCCUGCAGUCCACACCUUGACCAAGCCUCCCCCACCGUACACGUCCCGCCACGUAGCCGUCAUCGGCGCCGGAGCAGCAGGCCUCGUUGCCGCCCGGGAGCUCCGUCGAGAGGGUCACCGGGUGGUCGUCUAUGAGCGGGAGAGCCAGGUCGGAGGUACAUGGAUCUACACGCCCAAGACGGAGCCCGACCCUCUGGGGCUCGACCAGGCACGGCCUAUUGUCCACUCCAGCCUGUACCGAUCCCUCCGCACGAACCUGCCUCGGGAGGUGAUGGGGUUCAGGGACUACCCGUUUAUGGCCAGGGCGGACUGGUCGGGCGACCCAAGGAGGUUCCCGGGCCACGCGGAGGUGCUGGCGUAUCUGAAGGGAUUCGCGAGCGAGUUUGGGAUCGAGGAGAUGGUGAGGUUUGAGAGAGAGGUGGUGAAGGUUGGCCUAUUGGACGCUAAUGAUAACAGUAAAUGGAGUGUGAAGUCGAGGAAGAAGGGAAAUGGUGAUGAGGAGGAUGAGGUUUUCGAUGCGGUGGUUGUCUGCAAUGGACAUUACACGGAGCCCCGGAUAGCGGAGAUUCCCGGCAUUGAUACCUGGCCAGGUAAGCAGAUUCACAGCCACAAUUACCGGACACCUGAACCCUUUAAGGAUCAAGUUGUAGUGUUGAUAGGGAGUUCUGCCAGUGCAGUGGAUAUCUCCAGGGACAUUGCCCCAGUUGCCAAAGGAGUUCAUGUCGCAGUUCGAUCUUCUGAAGGAGAAAAUCUUGGAAAACAACCUAGUUUUAGUAAUGUGUGGCUCCAUCCUGUGAUCAAACUUGUCCAUGAGGAUGGAGCGGUUGUUUUUGCUGAUGGGACUUCUGUAUAUGCCAAUGUCAUUUUGCACUGCACAGGGUACAAGUACCAUUUCCCUUUUCUUGAAACAAAUGGGGUUGUGAGUGUGGACGACAAUCGUGUGGGGCCAUUGUACAAGCACGUCUUCCCGCCCGUUUUGGCUCCUUGGCUUUCUUUCAUAGGCUUACUCUGGAAGGUCGUGCCCUUUCCUCAGUUUGAAUUCCAGAGCAAGUGGAUAGCUGGUGUUUUAUCUGGUAAAAUUGCCCUUCCUUCGCUGAAAGAGAUGAUGGAGAAUAUAGAAUACUUUUAUGCUGAGCUCGAAGCUGCUGGCAUUCCAAAGCGAUAUACUCAUAGGCAGUCAAAGACUCAGUUUUUGUACAAUGAUUGGCUUGCUGAUCAAUGCGGGAUUCCUGGUAUGGAGGAAUGGAAGAAAGGGAUGUACUCUGCAGCUUCCCAAAACAAGCUUGCCAGGCCAGAGACAUAUCGUGAUGAGUGGGAAGAUGAUGAUUUAGUCUCACGAGCUUAUGAAGAUUUUGCUCGAUUCACCUCUAGUCAAAUGUAGCAGGUUUUGAUUAUAGCUGCAGAAUGAAGUCUCAAUAGUUUGUACUCUGGACUAUUCAAUAAAUUUCCUUAUAAUCUUAAGGGGUAAUAAUGUGGAUAUGAUGACAAAGGGGCAGCAACCCUUAUGUCAUGGAGAGGCAGGGUGACUAUUUAUGUUUAGAGAUGUACUAAUGUCAGGGUUCAAAAAAUGAAAAUAAAACAGAAAUGGAGCAGAUGGAGAUCUAUUUUCAGCUA